AGCCUCCAUCUCUCAUUAUGUAAUAAAACGGAAGUUUAAAAUAGUUAUUAAAUUCCAAACAUCGUUGCAUCGAACGUGAAAGUGUGUGCGUGUGAAUCUUUAGAAAUAGUGCCUAGAUUUAUUGAGUGAUAUAGUUGGAACAUUGGUGGGAAUAUCAAUCAACGUUACAAGUGAAUCUUAUCAUGAUUAGAUGCAUACAACGAUACAUUCCAGGUAUAGGGCCCUGCCCAAUACGUUAACAGACGCGUUUAUUUCCAAUUUUAAAUAGUCGUAGACAUCCGCUAUGACGUCACCGAAGGAAAGCAGUGACGUCAUCAAUUUCAAAGAAGAAAGAGCAAUAUCUACAGAGCCAAAGGACUUAACAGACCUUCCUCCUAGCGGUACUUCUUUACACAAGCGGCGGAGGGGUGAGCCCCCCGCCACGUUGACCGUCAAGUCACCGCAAACUCCAUCCGAUGCUGAGGGAUCCUCGCCUUGCACUGCCGGUCCUACUCCUGAAGAGUCCUGGGGUAUACCCGACGAUACUGACGUUGAAGGAAUCUGUGAUCGCAUGUUACAGAGGCUUAAGGAUAAAGAUGAUCCUGCUUCUAAAUGCGGAAAAGAUAUCGCACAACGAACUAAAGAUACUCUUGAGGCUCUUGAUCAUUUAGAAAAAUUGUUACAACUUUUGGAUCAAUUUGUUAACUUAAAGGAGAAAAACCAUAAAAUUAUCAAAAGAUUGAAUGACGUUAACAGUCUGAUACGGCUGCACAAUGCGUAUAAACGGAUAGAUCAAGAGAAUGAGAACUUAAAGAAUGAAAGUAGAGAAAUAGAACUUAUAAACGAGGCAUUGGACGCAGAACUAGAAUGCGAGUAUGGCCAGGCACUGUUUGACUCUAUUUUAGGGCGGUCGAUGAAAAGGUCAGGGUCGAAGUGGAAGAGUCACGGAAGAUUUGGUGGAUCGUUGUUGAGAAAACAACGAUCCAGGUCAGCAGGUGGUGAAGAUAGUGAUGCACCGCUGGGGAUGCCCCUCAGGAGGAGAUCGGAUGGUGUUUUUCCUAAAGAAGUAGAAAAGUCAAAAGUGUCAAACUGGACUAGAGUAAAGUCUGCUUUUAAAUGGGAAAAAGCACAAUGGCCCACUUCUACAAUUGGAGGUGUGGCGGCGGUAGCAGCAGGGGCUAUGGUAGGCGCUGUUGCGCUCACUGGAUCCUCUCCAUCAGCUCCAGGUUUACCCAACCCCGAACCCAGGGAUUCUGCCAGUUUGACACCCGGAAGUGCUAUGUCAUUAACCCCCAAUUCUUCUUGUGAAGAGUUAAGAUUGGAGUCAGGUAUGUCAAGAAAAAACCCAAUGCUAAGGUUGGAUGAUAACGAUAACUCGUUUUUACAUGCACCAAUGCAAGAUGAUAGUUCAACUUCCCCAUCUCCUAACAAGCUUCAUAAAAGCCGAUGGGGUAAAAUGCGGAAUAUCAUUCAGACACACAGGGAGUCUGUGAAGAAAAAGCGUCCCCCUAAGUCACCAGAUCUAGUUCCUGGAAGACGAAGAUCCUUCAGCGAUGGCGGAGAUAGCGAUGCACCACCCGCCUUGACUCUCACGAUUCCAUCGUCAGAAGAACUUGAGUCAGAAGGACCCCAGCCGGCGCUUCGCAAGCAGCGGUCACUAGAGCUUGGUGCUAGGCCUCCGCCACGCCCAAGAGACUCAAAAUGGAGUCGUGUCAAAAGGGCCUUCCUCACACACGCAGCGUCCGCCUCAGUACCUUCAAGUCCUAGCAGACACUCUGCAUUCUUCACUGACCCAGAUACAGAAGGUUUGAGCAGCGGCUGCGAAGCAAGCGGUGUCAGGGACGAAAUCGCUCGUGAUUAUGCCGCAUUACAGUCACGCCUUCGUAGGGAAUUCUCUGACAGACAUCCAGGGAAAGUUGACGUUAUGCGAGCGCUGAGACCUGUGGCCACUGAAGACCAGCUUUCAGCUGACUACCACAAUAAGUUGAUGGAAUGGCGCAUGAAGGGUGUGAAACAACCUCCACCCAUACCAGCCCGGAAGGACCUUAGCGAAGACUUCUUGAAAAAAUGGGAUGAAUGGACCCGUAUGAAGGAAACUAAUUCAGUUCCGACGUGGGAGGAGGAAGCGAAACCUGACGAAGUGUUGGUUCAAACAUCGACUGGUCUUUUUAAGUUUCACGGAAUCUCCCGCUCCUUUACAAGAAAACUUCACGAAUGGGAGAAAUCUCGAGGUAUAGCUCCAGAGGCCUCCACAUCCGCCCUAUUGCAGGAAGCAAAGGCGAGGAAUAAGGUUCCAUCUGCCCUAACUCGUACACAAAGUGACGGAAGCGUUGGUCCUGUGUUCGCGGGUGGGAGAGUUCAUGCAAGCAGUUUGAGUGUUAACGAUGCUGAAGAUUUAGAAAAUUUGCUUGAUGACGAAGAUUGUGAAGAUGGCAACGCUCGAGAAGCCCUCCUAAUAGAGAUAGAGGCCGAAGAGGUCUGCACGGCUGCCCCUUUAGUAGCUGUCUCUCCACGACAUACACCACAAAAACCUGUGUAUACAUAUGGCCCAGCCGAGGCACGUUUACUGUGUGAAACCACGUCUGCAAUCACCGGAACUGCUGUUGUACAAUCGAAUGGCUCUGUAAUGAUUUCAGAUUCCCGGAUAAUAAAAACAAAAGAACAAACGAUAAACCAUAAAAUUAUCAGAGAACAGUCCACCACUGAAAAAACACGCCGGAAAAUUUCAAGACAGAAAAGCCGCGAAGAAGACGCCAAAUUUAUUAGAAAGACCAUUGAGGAAAUUGAAAGAGGUCCCCUCAAAGAUUACUCUGAAACUGAUAACAUUACUGAAGCUCAAUCCAUGAGCAAAAGUAUAAGUAUCAAAAGUUUGAAGAUAGACAGUUCCAAAGAACAAAACGAUAGCGAUAAAGACGAAAAACGUAAUAACGGUAAAAAGAAAAAAACAUCCAGAGCCAGAUUAGAGAGGGAACAAUCGAAGCCGUCUGAAACUGAUACAGAACCAGAAGUAGAUACGGUGACGGUAGAAAUACCGAGAAGGAAGAAAAGACCGCGGAGACAGUCCGAGAAGCCCAGGACACCUCCAACAUCGCAUCACUCGGAAACAGAAGGCGAAGUGUUCGUCCUAAAAAUCAAAACUCAAGAUGUCCACGACAAACCGCCGGAAGUUAUAGUGAAGACCACACGCAAAAUAUUUUCACCAAUUGUGAGAAGUGGAGAGACCAUUCCACGCGCAGUUAUACCAGUAGACGUGGAGGAAUUAGAACCAAGCCAGACUCAAUUCACUCAGCCAGUCCACGACUCGAAAACUUCUUUGCAAUCUAAAAGCUCUGGAAAAAGUUCUGGAGACCUACAAGAUGAUGAGCAGAAAAAAAAUUCGAGGCCACCCCUCCCUACUUCUCCGACUUCGCAACGAAAGAAGGAAACUGCACCGGCCAUUAAAAUUAUGAUUCAACGGUAUAAUAAAAAAAUUAAUGAAGCUCCACCUUCCGGAGGAAGUAGUGGCACCACAUCUCCGUUAUGGAGAUCUCCAAAAUCGGAAAGAAAACGUCCACCAGAUAUGCCUGUAGGAGUUAAUAUAAGAAAUAACCCAUUCCUAGAAAGAGAAGUUCAAAAAUCCGCCAGCGCGUGUCAAUUAUCGCAAGAUCAAUUAAUGUCAGAAAAAUGUUUGACACCCGCAGACGAUGGAGUUUUGAAAUCCCACAGCGCGAACACAUUACAUCCUCAAAACGAAGAAGUGGAAGAUGUACAUAUACGAGAAACAACACCAAGUAUGGAGACAAUUAUACCACGAUUGGAAAAAAUACACCAGAAUUUGGAAGAAAUUAACCAGAGAUCUGAAGAAAUGUUCGAAAAACCGUUAUUAUUAAACCCUAGUUUUAUGAGAUCCAUAUCUGCUGUUGAAGAUAAUUGUACGUUAAUCAGGAUGACAUCCCGAGCCGCCAGGAUAAAGGAAGCGAGGGAACGGUUCCUUUCUUCUUCUCCUUCUAUGAGAAGAGAAGGUACUAGUUCUGCAAGUGACUUAAGACCAGGUGAUCGGUCUAGUCAAGUAAGCUGUGAAAGCGAUGCGGCGGAGGGCCAAAGUUCAAAUCCAGACUCACCAUUGGGCCGUAGUGCUUCCACGGGAAUGGUCAACGUAGAGAGGGAAACCUGGCAAAGAGUAGCUGAAAAUGGUUCCAGGCGUGAUCGCCCAAGAUCCAGGUUUAGCUUAGCUCGUUUAGCCGCUAAAUUACGGAGAAAGGAUGAGAGCGCGGUGUCGAGAUUGUGCCGACAAAGCCUUCUUGUACAGUUAAGGAAUAAACAAUAACUCGCA